AUUGGCUAGAUGUGAACAUUGUUUCACAGCUGGUCCUAUCCUAGUGAAGAAGAAUUUCUUCUCCAGCCUUCAUUUUCUCUGGUUCCCCCUCCUACUCCAGGCAGCUACAAAUAUAUCACGACUAUUUUAUACCAUCUUUUUCAUGGUGCGAAUUUGUGAGAGGAGGAUGAAGUUUUUACUUGCGGUUACUAUCAUAGUUGGCUCGGUGGUAUUCCUUCUCUUCCCAGGGGGUUCAGAUGCGGAUGAAAAGAAAAAAGGCCCCAAAGUCACCGCCAAGGUGUACUUUGACAUGAGAAUUGGUGAUGAUGAUGUUGGAAGAAUUGUAAUAGGAUUAUUUGGGAAAACCGUGCCAAAAACCGUGGAGAACUUCAUCACACUGUCAACUGGGGAUAAAGGAUUUGGCUACAAAGGUAGCAAAUUUCAUAGGGUGAUCAAAGACUUCAUGAUUCAGGGUGGAGACUUUACCAGAGGAGAUGGCACAGGGGGUAAAAGCAUUUAUGGAGACCGCUUCCCAGAUGAGAACUUCAAGCUGAAGCAUUAUGGACCUGGUUGGUUGAGCAUGGCCAAUGCUGGAAAGGACACCAAUGGAUCUCAGUUUUUCAUCACAACUGUUCAGACUCCAUGGCUUGAUGGGAAGCAUGUUGUUUUUGGCAAAAUCCUUGAAGGCAUGGAUGUGGUGCGGAAGAUUGAAGGAACCAAGACGGAUGGUCGGGAUAAGCCCCUCAAAGAUGUGACUGUUCAUGAAUGUGGCAAGGUGGACGUAGACAAACCUUUCGCUAUUGCAAAGGAGUAGUGGAAAAAUGAUUAUUUCCACCUCUGAGGUUGGGGUCCACUGGUGUUUAUGUGCGUUAUGUACAAGUCUUAUGGUCCGUUUUGUGGGCCAAAUGCUGGAGUUUCAGACUAGUGGCAACUCCUUUACCCAGUAGCACAUUCUGCGACUGUAUGGUUUGUGAAUGGACCUUUUUUGCCAUAUUCAUUGAGAAAAGAUGUUAAGUUUGUAUUUGAGCCUGGUCCAAAGUCCAAAAGGUUUUUACUUAAUACAUGUUUUUGAUACCACCAUCAUAAAAUGUAGGUUGAUUGCACCACAGUGUGAGGAUAUUUUGAGGAAUGGUUUGUGUGAUUAGGCUAAUAAAUGUAUCACAGGCUCAUGUUAAGAGGAACAAAGUUGUUGUACAACCUGUAACUGAAAGACACCUUAAAAAAUAAAUGAUAAAAAGAUGGUAA